AUGCCGGUAGAAAUGCUGGCAAAGAAGAGAAAAAGAGACUUGGAGGAAAGUGAGGCCUCAAGUCCUUCUCAGCCAAAAGCUAAAGAGAAUAUAUCGCUGAUUGAAAGCGUCAAUUCACUUCCUAUCAGCGAGUUUAUUCAUCGAUAUGUACCGUCAUAUGCGUUAAAUCUUACUAUCCAGCUCGCUGUCAACAGUUCAGAUGAUACCCCCGAGGAAUCAAGGCGGAGAGUCUAUUCACUUCAGUUCUACACCGCUGCCUCAAUGCCUGAAGCGUAUAUGGAUGCAUGUUACAACCUUAUAUAUCUCACUAGCUCUACAGCCUAUAAGCAGUCGACCUCGGGCUGGUCCUCGCGUAAAAAGAGGCAAGAAAUGAAAUUAUUAGACAUGAGAUAUAUGGUUCUUGUUGCCGAAAAUGAACAUGCACCUGAGGGCAAGUCGGAGAUGGCCCCCAUCGGAGGCUUCUUGUCAUUCAUGGUCACCGAUGAGGAUGGGAUACCGGUUCUCUACUGUUAUGAAAUCCACCUUGCUCCCGAAGUGCAGCACAAAGGGGUGGGGAAACAGUUGCUUCGGAUAUUCGAAGACAUUGGCAGAAACGUCGGCCUUCAAAAGGGCAUGCUUACGGUUUUUAAAUCUAAUCGAAGCGCAACUCGAUUCUACGAGCGAAUUGGUUUCACGGAGGACGCGAGUUCGCCGAAACCAACCAAACUGCGGAACGGAAGGAUGAGAGAGUUUGAUUACAUGAUUAUGUCUCUGUCGUUUACCAGCAGUGACGGUGACUGCAUGGAUACUACAGACCAUGAUCUCAGUUGA